AUGGGAACCCAACGGAGCGACAAGACUUCUGGUGAUGGCGACUCUUCUUGGAGAGACACCUUGUAUGUCUGGGAUGGCAUCAUGGUAGAAGUGGGGUGGGACCUGGUCAAGAAUAAGGAAGAGACCCAAAAAUCAGAUGAAAUCCCACUGAACUGGAAAGGAGCAUGGGUCCCCUGUGAGAACUGCGCGGACGCCAAAAAGGCGGAAGCUCCCAAGCGAGUGGGUGGAGCCUUGGAUGUCGAAUCUGCCCAUCACUUUGAAGUGAGUGGUUCGGCCAAGCCUAUUGUGAAAGACACGAAGAAGGUUGCUGACGCUGAGGAUGAAAAUAAGACUAGUGAUGAUGAAGAGAACUGCUCCACAGCCAUUCCGCAUCAAGCAACUUUCACUGGUGGCGAUGGCUGGGACAUGGGCGAGGGCUCUGAUACCAAGAAAUACAAGGACGAGGUUCACGAACUUUUACUUUCCAACAUUAAGUGGAUGGGAAAUAUGAGAGAUCAACGAGACAACCUUGUCUUUGCCAAGGGUACCAAUGAGUUUGGACCCUUUAUUUCUGCUGGUUGGAUGAGACCAGGUUGUCGCCUGACUUUGGCCCGUAGGUAUUUGGAUGAGAGCGAUGCCAGGGUCAAAUGGACGCUUGAUGACUUGAAGAAUAACGUGAUUAGUGGAAUAUUCGACAAGGACUCUGGCGACGUAUGCACUCCUCCUUGGAAGUGCGAUGCCCUUCAUAGUGAUGUGCAACAACCUGGCAAACGCAAAAAGGUGGAUUAA